GAGACGCCGUGUCUGUUUGAAAACAUCAUCAACCUCAAUGAUGGUGAAACGCGACGAUGCAUUGUACACUCUGCUGCCUGUGAAUUGGAUCGUUUUGAUCCAAAGAAAGGAGAUGCGGAUGAUUUGUCUAUCUUUGCUGCAGGCUUCAGCUGCAAGUCCUUUUCCAAGAUGAACAUCAAUUUCACAGAACUCCGCACUGCCCUGGCUGACCAGAAGGAAUGUAGCUCCUUGGCUACCUUCCGUGGGGUGCUUCACAUUGUGCGAGAAUGUCGGCCUCGCAUAGUGUUGCUCGAAAACGUGGACAGUAUAGACUCUUCAGUUGGCCAAAGUGAUAGCAGCGAUAAAGAGUUCGAUGCCCAGAGAGCUAAUUGA